AUGCUGAGUAGUGUUCCCGUGGCUUCUCCAGCGUUCACGAAGGCGCAAAUGGUCAAAGCCGACAUCUAUCUGCAGUAUCGCAAGGACAAGCACUUGUAUGCACGCUGCUACCAGGAGCUUGUGGCGAUCAAUCCGUGUCACGCAACACACGUGAGCUUGGCUGAGGCGUAUCUACGUAUUCAAAUGCUGGAUGAAGCGGUGCAGUCUUUCGAGCGUGCGAAGGCACUAAGUCCUGGAGACCCGACAACCAUUCGCUUCAGGACACAAUAA